AUCAUACGUUCUUAAAGUCAUCGUACCUAUCAUUAUAUUGCUCAUGGCGUCUCUUCUUCCGAAUUCUUUUGUUUAUCUGAGGGAGAUUAAUCCUGCUCUAGAUCGAUACAAGAUUAAAGUACGUGUGAUUAGGCUUUGGCGAGCGUUUAAAUCUAUAGAGAUGGUUCUGGUGGAUGGAGAGGGAACGAGAGUUCAUGCGUCCAUCGAAGAGGGAUUGGUAAAGAGGUUUCAGCACCAGUUUAUUAGUGGUGAAGCCAGGAUAAUCGACACUUUCGGUUUUGUUGACUAUGACGGUGACUAUAGGACGAGUCCCUUAGGUUUCAAAAUAGUCUUCUAUAGGACUACUAUGGUGAAACCCUGUGACGAUUUUCCCUCUCAAGUCACCGAGAAGUAUUUGAAGGAGUUUGCUGAAAUUUUGUCCGGGAAAUUAGACAGGCAGAUAUUGUUUGAUGUGCUUGGACAAAUCGUUGAUGUCGGAAGUCUUGAUAACGUUAAAGCGAAGGGCAAAGAUACUGUUAAGUUGACUUUCGAAAUACAAAAUUUGGGGUUACCGGCUGGUAGUGAUGAUUUGAUCCAUGUGGAUAAUGAGGUUAAACCGAAUCAGCCUGCGGUUACUCUAUACGAGGAGUUCUUUCUACUGAACGAAAAGAAAGCUGUUGAUGAUAUUGUGUAUGCAUGUGAUGUGGCCACAUGCGUCACCAUAGCCAAAAUCUGUUUCAUCGAGGCUAUGCCUAAAUGGUACUAUAUUGCAUGCAAAGUUUGUGGUAAGAAGGUUCAGCCGUAUCCACAUGGUUCUCAUGACGACGAUGGUCCUAUCUAUAGUUGUGGUGUAUGCGAUGCCGACGUUAUCGACGUUAGUUAUAGGUACAAGCUCAUUCUGCGUGCGUCUUAUGGAGCUUCUCCUGAGGUUAAAUUACUUUUCUUUGAUGGUUUGGCUCAACGUCUUAUUGGUAAAACUGCUGCUGAGCUGUUUGCGGAAGUUCCAGAGACGGAUCCUUCCAUAUUGCCCGAGCUUCUUGCUGAUUUGAUGGGCAGAACCAUGUUAUUCAAGAUAUCAAUUGGUGCUGAUAAUUUGAAGAGUAUGAAGGCUGCGUAUGUUGUCGAGAAGUUUUGGGAAAAAAAGGAUAUGGUUGAACAAUUUGCAAAGGAGCUGUCCGUCACGAGUGAUUCUGCAUGUGAUAGCAUCAAGGCGAGCAGUGAGGUGGUAGAGCCUUCUGUUGUAGAUGCCAGUCCUCCUUCGGCUAAAAGGAGCGUUGAUGACGUGAAACCGGGUCCGGUCGCGGUUCCUAAGAUGAAUAUGGAGUUCUUUCACGAUCUUGAGUUGAUAAGACCCUCUAUAACCGGAUGGUAUGUACGUCUCAGGGUUGUGAGAUCUUUCGUGGUUCCUCUCAAUGCACAGUUCAAGACCGUCGGGUUGAUUUUGGCCGACGAGCGUGGUGUGACGGUUGAGGCUAUGAUCGGAAAAGAAUUUGCGGACCACUAUGAUGAAUUCAUUGAUGCUGGCGAGUGGAUAACCAUCAUGGGUUUUGGGGUUGUUCCGAAUUCGAAUCCCGUUAGGGUAACAUCUCACAAGUUCAAGAUUUGUUUCUCCAAAGAUACCGUUGUUAGGAAGACCAUUGCUGUGGUUGCUAAUCCUCACUACGCUUUGACAUCUUUCUCUUCUAUUAUCGAUGAUAAAGUCGAUACGUCGGUUUUAAUCGGCGAGUUGGAGAACACUAGGCCUAAGCAAAAUUGUGUCGAUGGUUUAAGGAUUUGUUUCAAACUCAGAGACAAAGACAACCGUGUAUUGGAAUGCUUGGCUACGAAAGAGCAGGCUCUUGAUUUCAGUCGGAGCUAUCACAGUCGUGGCGGUGGAGUUAUUGUGGCUGUGCUGGGAUGGUGGAAAGUAGAUCGUUAUUUUGAUGGUCCACAAAAUGUGCAAAUAUGCACAUACGGUCCUGUCUCAACCGUUUUCCCAGAUCCAGAUAUUCCUCAAGCCGACGAGUUGCGUGAGAUAAUUGCGCUGGCUUUUUCCAUGGCGCCACGGAAGAAGGCGACUACGGAGGGUCCUCUAUUGGAUGGAAGCAAGGCGCAUAGACAGGCACUAGCUAUAAAACCUGCUAUGCCUAUGCCUGGCAUCUACGAUGAUUUUGUGUGCUUUGUUGCCACUGAUUCGGAGUCGGAAAGGGGAGAGGAUUAUGAUAGUUUGUCUGAAGAGUCGGACGCAGAGAGUGUUCCCAACCACCGUGCUACAUCUGCUAUUGGUGGGUCUACGCAGGCGGCCACAAAAGCGGGAUUACAACCUAAUGGUUAUUACGACGAUGGAGAUCCUUCGUACAUGUGUGAACAUUGUGGAGCAUAUAUGUGGUAUGUCUCUGCUUGUGAGGCAACGUGGCGAAUAUUAUCCUCACCUAUCUGCUAUCGCACUACACCCGUAGAAAAAUUGCCGUUCCACCUUCCUGGACAACAAAUGGUUGUUUACAACGAGGACGAUCCUGUUGAAGAUGUUAUGGUUCGUUCGACUCUCGGUUCGAAAUUUUUGGGGUGGAUGGAAUGCAAUAGGAUAUAUCCUGAAGCCAGGUCGCUCACGUAUGCUGAGUUCCCGACCGCUUUUGUUUGGUAUAGGAAUGAGCGAAAGUGGAAGCUUCGGUCGAAAAAGAGAAAAAGUUUUGCCAUUGGAAGAAUCACAUAUGUUCCAGCUGCUCUAGGUGAGGUCUAUUAUUUAAGAGUUUUGUUGAACGUGAUUCCUGGUCCAACAAGUUUCGACUACCUAAAAACGGUUAAAGGUGUUCUUUACGAAACGUUUAAAGAAGCGUGUUUUGCGCUGGGCUUACUAGACGACGACAAAGAAUAUGUUUCGGCUAUAAAAGAGGCAAGUAUGUGGUGUUUUGGCGUAUACCUAAGGAAGCUAUUCGUGAUAAUACUGGUUUCGGGUAGUGUCGCUGUCCCUGUUGACCUUUGGGUCGCGACUAGAGAUAUAUUAUCUGAAGAUAUUUUGUUCAACCAAAGAAACGUCAGACGAGAUCGAGGUCUAAUGCUGACGCAAGCUCAAAUAUGGAAUAUAUGUUUGGCUGAAAUAGAACUCAUUUUGCGUUCUAAUGGAAAUUCCCUAUGGAACUACGACCAUAUGCCGCGUCCAGAUGCCAGCGUCAUAGGGAGGAACGAGAACAGUCUUAUGCGAGAAGAGAGACGAUAUGUGACAAGCAAGGAAAAGGCGGACUAUGAUAAGUGGCCAACACCUCAUCUGUAUGAAAUUCAUCUCAAACCUUCAACCUCUGUUCGAAAGUGGAGAGCUUUACAACCCAGAUAUUUUUUCGCUUUCGUGAGGUUCCAGGAUGUACUAGAUGGUUUACUAAAUCCUGUUUUUGGUGUUGAUUUGAUUGGUCGGGUUAUGAGUGUUGGAAACUAUGAUGAAGAUGUUUCACCGGAUAUUACUUGGAAUCAAGUUUAUCUCGAGUUAGAGAACGAAAAUGGUCUGCGUUUACAGUGUCGAUUACCAAGCGAAUAUUCACGCGAAUUCUUUGAUGGUUGGAAGACAUGUGUUGAUAACAUCAUCAUAUGUGUUUUAAGAUUCGCAAAGUUAGAAAUGUCUCAAGGCCAGUGGCGGGCAACUACUGCAGGCAACUGUACGAAGCUUUUGUUCAACCCCGUGUGUCCUGAAGAAGCAGCUAUGCGUACGUACUUCGCAGGAGGGGCUGGUGGACUUUAGUUGUAACAAUUAAUUCGGAAUUACGUUUGUUUACCAGUCUCUUUUAGAAUUAUCGCUAUUAUAUUAGUCAAACACCUUUUUUUAUUAUUCAAAAUUAUGCACGAAUAAAUAUCUUCUGGUCAU